CGGAAGAUGUGGAGGGGCAGAGCACCCCGGCGACGACUGCGACGCCCAUAAAUACCUCGUCUGGCGGUUGCCCCCCCGCCGGCCAACUGCCGCCACUGCUCUCGCUGCUCCCACCGAUCUCUUCCCUUCGCGAUCCAUCACAUUCCAUCCCACCAUGGUUAAGGCUGUCUGCGUUGUCCGCGGCGACUCCACCGUCACCGGCACCAUCACCUUUGUUCAGGAGGCCGAGAACACCCCCACCUCCGUCGAGGUUGCCCUCUCGGGUCUGACUCCCGGCAAGCACGGCUUCCACGUCCAUCAGUUCGGCGAUAACACCAACGGCUGCAUCUCCGCUGGAGGUCACUUCAACCCCCACGGUCACACCCACGGUGCUCCCGAGGACGCUGUUCGCCACGCCGGCGAUCUCGGCAACGUCAUUGCCGGCCCCGAUGGCACCGUCAAGACCGUCCUGACCGAUUCGCAGGUCCAGCUCCUCGGCCCUCUCUCCGUCAUUGGCCGCACCGUCGUCGUCCACGCUGAUGAGGACGAUCUCGGCAAGACCCUGCACGAGCUCUCCAAGACCACCGGCAACGCUGGAGGUCGCCUUGCCUGCGGUGUCAUUGGCAUCUCGCAAUAAGCAAUACCACAUUCACUGUCUCUCCUGAACUUCAACAACGGGCUGCCCUCCCGAAUACACAAUUCCCAUCGCCACAUG